AAAUGGGAAAUACAGUGGUAACGUUUACUGAACAGCAAUUAGACGACUAUCAAGAUUGCACAUUUUUUACUCGAAAGGAAAUUUUACGCGUUCAUAAACGUUUUCGUGAACUCCGACCAGAUUUGGUACCGCGCCAAAUGACCGAGGGCCAAGCAUCGAGUGUCAAGGUUCCACCUGAAUGUAUUGAGAAGAUGCCAGAAUUACGUGAGAAUCCUUUUCGGCGCCGCAUCUGUGAGGCAUUCUCACGCGAUGGUCAGGGCAGUUUAUCCUUUGAAGAUUUUUUGGACUGUUUGUCUGUGUUUAGCGAACAAGCGCCGAGAGACAUUAAAGUCUUUUAUGCAUUCAAGAUUUAUGAUUUUGAUCAAGAUGGGUUUAUUGGUCAUGGUGACCUUAUGUCGUGCCUCACAACGAUGACUAAAAACGAGCUGAGUCCUGAGGAGCAGCAGCAAAUUGCUGAUAAAGUUAUUGAAGAGGCCGAUGUGGAUGGCGAUGGCAAGUUAUCCUUUUUGGAAUUCGAGCAUGUCAUCUUACGUGCACCUGACUUUCUAUCGACAUUUCAUAUAAGAAUAUAA